AUGUCCACGGGCCGCCUCGGUGUUGCGAAGAUCAGGAAGCACACCAAGACAUUCACAGGCUGCUGGACAUGCCGUGCUCGGAGAAUCAGAUGUGACGAGACCAAACCCCAAUGUAUUCAAUGUUUCCAAAAAGGGUGCAAAUGUGAAGGCUAUGGGGUGAGGCUCCAAUGGGUUCGUAACGAUGCCGACGAGCAGGACGGACCCUGUCCUUCCGCAGCACGUAGUAAUAUUGUCCCAGACUCGAAGAGGGUUGUUUUCCCGUCCAGUCACAUCGACGAGAUUCUCAAUACUUUGGACUUGCUGGCCUACGAUGAUACAGCAAGUCCUCGUGAGGAAGUCUCCCAUUUUAUUGAUUGUUUUGGCGCCUCUAAAAGUUCCCCGGAAGUGUCUCUAGAAGGUACUUGUGAGUUACCCUCAUGGAGCCCUCUCGGUCUGUCUGCCGUUCUAGGGAUGCAGCAGGAUCGUCGUCUGGAAUCGGUAUCGGGUGAGGUCUCUGGGGAUAUGCCCACUCCCCGUGGAACUUAUGAUGAUGCUUUUCUCCUCGACGUUGGAGCUAUGUACAGCAACUAUGAGUCGCAGACUCUCCUCGCGGCCUCCCAGGACUUGUCCCCGACUCCGUUCCUCGUACGACCCACUUCGUCGCACCUCUCUUCUGAUGAAAAUUUCCUUAUGUAUCACUAUUCCCAUCGGGUCCUGUACCUCUUUUGCGUCAUCGAUCACGAGAAAAGCCCUUGGAAGACCGUUCACCUACCGAUAGCUCUGCAGGCUAUGGGCGAAUUAAGUAUGCAAGGUUCAACCUCCAUGAUUCGUGAAGCUCUCCUGUGUACGUUACUGGCCAUUAGCUCGUUUCUUCUGUCCAAUGACGGCCAGUCGCAUAUGCGGACAGAUGAUGCUCUAAGUUGGCGAGCAGCUGCGAGCAAAUACCGCUGCAAAGCAAUCAACCUGCUCAGGAAUGCUGUCGAAUGCUAUUUCUACGCUAAGUCUCCCCCCAGAUACAAGGAGUUCUUAGCGACUACACUAUCUAUGAUCACCAUGGAUGUCAUAUCUGGUGAUACUGAUACUUGUGGGAUUCAUCUCAAUGGGUGUUUUCGCCUAAUCAGUCAGGCACAGAAAUGGAAACGCAAGUACUCGACUAAGGCUCAGACCCUUCAUCGGAUAUAUUUCUACUUGCGCACAAUUUAUGAAAGCACGGCCCCUCGAUCUAGUCGUCGCCUUCAGGAUUUCCCAUUCGCAGCUAAUACUUCCGGAGAUGCGCCGCCUGAUAUAUUUUGCCGCGAUAUUCUUGGCGCUCAGAUGUCUGGCUUCCCAGCAGGGAUAGAUAUGGAUCUUGAGACGCGAAUGUCCAGCUGUGAAAGGAUCUAUGGAAUUCCUCAUGGUUUACUCGUCCUUUUGAUCGAAGUCAUCGAAUUAACCGACAGGUUGGACGAGGUACGUGAUGCGGAUUCGGCUAGUCAGGUUUCAGACUCUUUGAUGGAAGAAUGCGAUCAACUGGAAAAAGCCAUAAUAGACUGGCCUGCAGUGGUGGGCCUCGAAGGAUGCACCAAAGUGAAUACAUCGGUCAGCGCCAAGAUUGUGCAUCAGCACACCUUAGCAUUCCACAACGCUCUCAUCAUCUAUUUCGCGCAAAACAUCCGACAGGUUGGCCAUCGCUUCCUCCUGCCGUAUGUCAACCAGGUAUUAAACAGUAUGGAGACGGUCGAGAGUCUGAAAGUUGGAACACAAGAAGCGUUGGCGGCACCACUCUUCUGGCCUGUCUUCAUUGCUGCCAGCGCUACUUUUGACGUGGCAAUGCAGGACCGAUUUCGCAGCUGGUACUCCCAUGUAAAAGUAUACCGGAUCGAGGGCUUUAGGACGGGACUUCAUGUUUUGGAAGAUGUUUGGAAGGCUGGUCCCUCUCCCCAACCGCAACAGAAAUGUCAUUGGCGUCAAGUGCUUGAAAAAACAGGGGUGCGUUUGAUGUUGAGCUGA